AUGCACUCACCUCCUAGAGACCAGGCUGCCAUCAUGCUCUGGAAACUCGUGGAGAAUGUCAAGUACGAAGACAUCUAUGAGGACCGGCACGAUGGCGUCCCAAGCCAUAGCUCGAGACUGUCUCAGCUGGGCUCUGUGUCCCAAGGCCCCUACUCGAGCGCCCCGCCGCUGUCCCACACGCCAUCAUCGGACUUCCAGCCACCCUACUUCCCACCCCCCUACCAGCCACUACCUUACCACCAGAGUCAAGACCCCUACUCCCACGUCAACGACCCCUACUCCCUGAACCCUCUCCAUCAGCCCCAGCAGCAUCCCUGGGGGCAGCGACAGAGACAAGAAGUGGGUUCAGAAGCCGGCUCUCUACUGCCCCAGCCCCGGGCAGCCUUGCCCCAGCUCUCGGGCCUUGACCCCCGAAGGGACUACCACUCUGUCCGGCGGCCAGACGUGUUGCUACAUUCGGCACACCACGGCCUGGACGCCGGCAUGGGCGACAGCCUCUCGUUGCACGGUCUUGGGCAUCCCGGCAUGGAAGAUGUGCAGUCAGUUGAAGAUGCCAAUAAUAGCGGCAUGAACCUAUUGGACCAGUCAGUCAUUAAAAAAGUUCCUGUCCCUCCCAAAUCUGUCACUUCUCUAAUGAUGAAUAAAGACGGCUUCUUGGGAGGGAUGUCCGUCAACACCGGCGAGGUCUUUUGCUCGGUUCCAGGCCGUUUAUCUCUGCUCAGCUCAACUUCAAAAUACAAAGUAACUGUGGGAGAAGUUCAGAGACGGCUCUCGCCCCCUGAAUGCCUCAACGCGUCUCUCCUUGGCGGCGUCCUCAGAAGAGCCAAAUCGAAAAAUGGGGGGAGAUCCUUGAGAGAAAGGCUAGAAAAAAUCGGUUUGAAUUUACCCGCGGGCAGGCGCAAAGCAGCAAAUGUCACCUUACUCACCUCCCUGGUGGAAGGGGAAGCCGUUCACUUAGCUCGGGACUUUGGGUAUAUUUGCGAAACAGAGUUUCCUGCUAAAGCCGUGUCCGAGUAUUUGAACAGACAGCACACGGACCCCAGUGACCUGCACUCCAGAAAGAAUAUGCUUCUGGCCACCAAGCAACUUUGUAAAGAGUUCACAGAUCUGCUGGCGCAGGACCGGACACCGAUCGGUAACAGCCGGCCCAGCCCCAUCCUGGAACCGGGCAUCCAAAGCUGCCUCACUCACUUCAGCCUCAUCACGCACGGCUUCGGCGCCCCGGCCAUUUGCGCUGCGCUCACGGCCCUGCAGAACUAUCUCACCGAAGCGCUCAAAGGCAUGGACAAGAUGUUCUUGAACAACACCACUAACAGGCACACGUCUGGGGAAGGCCCAGGUAGUAAAACUGGCGACAAGGAGGAAAAACACAGGAAAUGAAAAAAAAAAAAAUUAAAGAGAAGGAAAAUGUUUUAAAUACAAAAGGAAAACAGAAAAAAAUAAUUUUAGCUUUAACAUAUUGGAUUGGCUUUGGAAGAAUUAUAUUAGGUAGA